AUGGGCACGCCGAGUUCCGCUUAUGACGGCCUCGUCACCUAUGUUGACAACAGGAAGGUGCCAGCUGCAAAAUAUGUUGCCGACAUCGAGAAGCUUGUAGGAGACCGUGAUCCCGCUGUAGUGACGGAGAACGGUAAAGAGCUUUUAGCGAAGUAUCGAUUCAUGGAGAAAAGCAUGGUGACGAAGCUUACUGCGCUUCACAACAAGGUGCCGGAGCUCAAAGACGCAUUGACGAUCAUAGCGCAAAUCGAGAAGAGGGGGGCAGACGAUGGAGGCGACAUGUACACGUACUUCAAGGUAUCGGACACGCUCUACUCCGAAGCUCGUAUAACAUCCACGAAGACAAUUUUCCUAUGGCUGGGGGCUAACACAAUGGUUGAGUACCCCGUGGAUGAGGCUAUUGCGCUGCUCAAAGAUCAGCUUAACGUGGCUCUUGAGAGCAUCGAAGAUAUUAAAAAGGAUUUAUCGUGGAUUCGCAACCAGAUAACAAGCACCGAGGUGACGGUUGCUCGUCUACACAAUUACGGCGUGAUGAAGAAGAGUGCCGCCACUGCCAAGGCAGGGUCGUAG